AGGAGCUGGCCGCGGAGGAGGAGAGCGAGGAGUUCAACGAGCGAGAGGUGCUGCUGCGGGUCUUUCAGGACUUUGUGCUGGACAUGAACCGGGGACGGUACCUCACACAGCUUGGCUCGAACCAAGACUACUCGGUGAUCCACUGCCAAAUCAUGGACGACCUGCAGACCUUGAAAGUGGACCAAGGAAAUGGCUGCAUCAUCGAGUUCCCUCUGACGGGGGUCUCGAAGGUGUAUCGCAUCGUGAAGACGGACGAGCGCUUGACCGGCAUGGCAGGCACUACCUCAACAAAUAUCGAGCACAUCGUGGUGGUGGAGUUCAUGCGCCGGAAGCUCGCCUUCGUUUUCAUGGAGGUGACGGAGGCCCAGCGGUUCCUGCUGUGCAUGGAGCUGCUGAUCCGAAGGGCCCAGGAAAUGCGGGACGGGGAUAGCCAAAAGCCGCAGGUCAUCGAGCCCAGGGGCAAAGGCCAACGCCUUCGCUCGCUGCUCGAGAAGUCCCAACCUGCCCAAGAGAGAGGUGUGGAGUGCGUGUGCAAGCACUCUGAGGAGUGAGCGCGAACUUCUUCCGAGUCUUCAGAUCCCAGGUGCCGGAGCGAAGGGGUGCCCCGCUGGUAUGGUCAAAAUGGGACACACCCCGAC